AUGACGAACCACGUGGACACAUCAGAAAAGCUUAAGCAGGAGCUUUUUGGGUUUCAGAUCUUUUUCAUCACGCUCAGUGUUGUCAUCGGAAGUGGCAUAUUCACCAACAAUGGAAUGGCCCUCGCCAUUGCGGGACCAAUGGGCUUGAUUCUUGCGGUGCUCAUCAUCAGCAUAGUAGUCCUAGCAGUCAAUGAGUGUAUUGCCGAGUUGGCUCAGCAGUUCCCGGUUUACAAUUCGAUCGUUGAAUAUGUUCGCACAUUCGUCGACGAGGACUUUGGCUGGGUUAUUGGACUGGCUUAUUGGUAUGCAUACGCAGCAACGUUUGCCAGCCAAACCUCCAUGGCUGCGACUCUUCUAGAGUACUGGGGCCUGGCAACGGCGUGGAGGGUUCUUAUCUGCUACGUUAUGGUUCCAGUCAUCUUAUUCCUUCUCAACAUGACUGGAGUUUUCUGGUACGGUGUUGUGGAAACGAUUGGUGGUUUCCUAAAGCUGGUGAUGAUUGUGGCAAUUUCUAUUUAUCUCUAUACAAUUGCGGACGAUGUGUCUUCUCCUAGCUUUGAACAUGGACAAGGCUUCAGCAGUAAUGGCCAAGCCCAGUGCUAUGCUAUCCCACUCACGGCAUACGCUUUUCAGGGCAUAGAAGUAUACGCCAUGACUGCGUUUGAAGCUCGAGAUGGCCAUGCCCUUCGCUGGCCGGCUCGCUGGACUGCGUAUGUAGCGGUAGUCGUAUACAUCAUGUGCACGUUAGGAGAGGUCAUCAACGUGAAGUGGGAUGAUUCCGCUUUACCAAAACUCCAUGAUGGAGUUUCAAAUAGCACAUUAUCAGCUACUUCUAACCCUGGUUCGUCAAGUAGCAUGAUCGUCAUAGCCGCGCUGAACACCAAUAACCGGUCAAUGGCUGGAUUCCUCAACGGCUGUUUGCUCUUCAGUGUCUUUUCUGCAGCCAACACUUCACUGUACGUUGCUUCCCGAACCUUAUGGGGUAUGGCGAAGCACUUUCCCAGAUCUUCGACCAAAGAACUCUGGGUCAAGAAGAAGCUAGCGAUUCUAAGCGAGGGCACCAAAGUUCCGGUUGUAUUCUUGCUGGUCUCACUUCUAGCAUUCUGCUGGGUUCCAUUCCUACAGCUCGUGGAUAGCUCUGCAGUACAGCAGGUGGUCCAAGUUAUAUCCAUCUCCUCCAGCACCGCUAUAAUGAUCGUAUGGGCAGCUAUCUGUCUCGCAUUUAUUCGAUACUAUUACUGGUUUGUGUUGAAGAAAUGCGAACCCCGACUUCGGUACCACGACCGUCCUGAAUACAUCCGACUAGAUGAAAAGUAUAUUGCUAAAGGCAGUCUGCGUAUUCUACAACCACUCCAGGCCUGGAUCGGACUGAUUGGGUGUAUCACCAUAUUCGCAUUUUCCAGCGCGACGUGGUGGAGUGAAACCGCAACUGUCACCGAAGUUGCCAUGGCGUACGGGCCGCAUAUGGUCCUCUUUCUUAUAUUUAUCAUCUCAAAAGCGUUCAGUAAAAACAAGGGGUGGGUCAAAUUGACAAACGACGAAUGGGUUCUGCGGAAUGCCUUGGAUAGACUAUGGAUUCGCAAGAUCGAUCAUCAUGAAGAAAGUGCCUCAGAACGCCUGAAAAGUGUUAUGAAAUCGCUGUUUUCCAAAUUAUGGGAACGAUUCAGGGAUAGGCAGAACAGCCAGCAAGCGGAUGGGGAUGUUCAUCAUCGGAGUGAAGGUUCCACGUCUGCGGAGACAAACAGGCAAGAGUUGCUAACUAUUUCGAACGACCAGCCUGUAUAA